AUGGCGACCGAAGAGUAUAACCGACCUCAUUCACUCCCUCCGUAUCCGCAGAUGAUCAUGGAAGCAUUAGAUGCACUGAAACAAGCCGAGGGUGCCAACAAGUCAUCGAUUUCCAAAUACAUGGAGUCCAAGUAUGGCGAGAUGCCCCCCCGCCACUCGGAUUUGCUGUCACACCAUUUGAACAGGAUGAAGGACAUUGGUGAACUCCUUUUCAUCAAGAACAACUACCUCAAACCUAGCCCGGAUGCCCCCUUGAAGCGUGGGCGAGGCCGCCCCCCAAAGCCCAAGGAGUCUCUACCCCCAGACACCAUCCUUCCGCCAUCUAGGCCCCGGGGUCGCCCGAAGAAGGAUCCAAAUGCACCCCCAGCCCCAAAGAAGCCGAAGCCUCCAUCUGGCCCACCGAGCAUGUCCAAGACUGGGAGGCCCAGGGGAAGGCCCAGGAAGGUCAACCCGCAGCCUUUCCAGAAUGGAUCUGAUGCCUGA